UUGAACCUGCCACUGCUGACCCUUAUUUCGCCAUUUUCACCACCUCUCACAUAACCUUCCAAAACAUUUAUUUCAAACUUCUAAAAUUUAGGGUUUAAGAGAGAGAGAGAGAGAUGAUGCAGAGAUACAAUAGCUCAACGCAGGGGCAAUACUGUCAUUCUUGCGGGAUGUUCCAUCACCAAGGCCAAAGCUGCUGCUACGGGAACAACGUCGGCUCGUUCUCGAUGAUGUUCUCAUCGGCGCAAAACGGCGGCGUUUUCGAGAACAACAACAACAACGAUAGCAACUGUGGCGACUAUUACUCGUCGUCGAGCGUGGACUGCACGCUCUCUCUCGGAACUCCGUCGACGCGCCUCUGCGAGGAGGACGAGAAGCGAAGACGCUCCACUUCCUCCGGAGGGUCCUCUUGCAUGUCCAACUUCUGGGACUUGCUUCAUUCUAAACACUCCUCCAAAACGGCGUCGUUUGACGUCCCCGCGUUUUCCACUUCCAACUCGGGCAAGUUCAGCCGCGGCGGCGGAGGUGGAGGAGGCGUGGGAGGCGAUCCUCUCCUCGCUCGCCGCUGUGCCAACUGCGACACCACCUCCACUCCUCUCUGGAGAAAUGGUCCUAGAGGCCCCAAGUCCCUAUGCAAUGCGUGUGGGAUUCGUUUCAAGAAGGAAGAGAGAAGGUCGACGGCGGUGAACGGCGGAUCCGCACCCGUUGCGGCCGACCACUGCCCCAGUUAUAAUUACCAUAAUGCCACGGGGAAUGGAUCGUGGGUUCACCACUCGCCGUCGCAGAGGUUGCCUUGUUACCAGAAUGCCAACGAGAUAAGGUUCAUCGACGACGUCGCCGGCGACUACCACCACCGUGACUCCGACGCCGCGCCCUUCCUCUCCUGGAGGCUCAACGUGGCGGACAGGGCUGGUAGCCUCGUCCAUGACUUCACCAGAUGAAAAACGGCUGAUAAAAAGCUGUGUUUCCAUGUGGUUUAUUAAUCAAUAGAACCAACGAAAAAGGGCAAAAGAAGAAGAAGAAGUGUAUAUCGAGAUUGCGAUGUUGAUGAUGUUUGAGUGAUAGUGACGGUCUAACUUAUGGUCCAUCUAUGAAAUCUCCUUUGGUCAAAUUUAAAUCAUAUUUAUAUUUACACGUCAAACUUUUUCAUUUUUCCUGUUUUAAUUUUA